UGUCUGUGUCUCACUCUCUCUCUCUCUCUCUCUCUCUCUCUCUCUCUCUCUCUCCCCUCACUCUAACUGCCGCUCCCGCCCGCACACACGUUAGCUCUAGUACUGCCCGUGAAACACACGCACGGUAACAGUUUACGUCUCCUCAAGACGAUCGACAGUGGUUGAAAUCAGUCUCUACAGAAAUAGAUUAAGGAUCUGAGGAGCAGAUUUUAAAAGUAUCGACGGCCUGAGCUACAAUGUUUUACUUUCAUUGCCCUCCGCAAUUAGAUGGGGAAUGCUGCCGUAGUAAUACUUUAGGAACAAGUAGUUUUGGAAAUCACACAUCUGGGGAGUUUGAUGAUGGUUUUCUCCGAAGGAAACAGCGCAGGAAUAGAACCACAUUUACUCUGCAGCAGCUAGAAGCCCUGGAAGCGGUUUUUGCUCAAACUCACUAUCCUGAUGUUUUUACAAGAGAAGAACUGGCGAUGAAAAUCAACCUCACAGAAGCGCGAGUCCAGGUCUGGUUUCAAAAUCGGAGAGCCAAAUGGAGAAAGACAGAAAGAGGCAGUUCCGAUCAGGAAGGGGGCAAAGAUCAGCUAAACGACGGGACACCCCCGGUCAGAAAUUUAAAUUCUCCUUCCCCAACUGAACCGUCCAGAAAUAAGAAAGAGCCCCUGGAAAUGCAACCUAGUUUAAACAGAACCGUCGGUCCCGGAGGUCCUUUCUUCCCUUCAUGCUUACCAGGAUCUUUGCUGAACACUGCGACGUACGCACAGGCUUUGUCGCAGGUCGCCACUUUGAAAGGAAGUCCACUUUGUUCUUGCUGUGUGCCAGAUCCAAUGGGGCUUUCCUUCUUGCCCACUUAUGGGUGCCAGAGUAACAGGACUGCAAGUGUGGCCGCCCUUCGGAUGAAGGCAAGGGAACACUCCGAGGCUGUGCUCCAGUCAGCGAACCUCCUUCCAUCUACAAGCAGCAGCCCAGCUCCUGGCACCAAACCAGGAACGCAAGAAGGCAAUUCAGACAAGUCAAACCGUCCCAAGGAGCAUCUUGAAAAGAAAAGAAACUUGUAAAAGAACCAUGUUAAGACUGUAAGACUUUGAGGGGAAACAAGUAUAAGGAAAAAAAAAAUACUUUCUGGAUAUUAUGGAUUUAACGCUACUGCCUCUAAUUUACAGAAAUGCCAAGCUGUCAUCUGAAGUUUACUUAGAUGAAACAGAUCAACAGAAAUAAUAAAUGCUUAUAAAUUAUUAAAUUAAUUCAUCUUUUUUU